AUGAUUUCCGGACUCCAUCACGUAAACAUCCUAGUCCCCCCCUCUACCCUCCCCCUCGCCACCCUCUUCUACGGCAGCACCCUCGGCCUAACCUCGCGCCCCGUCCCUCACCUCCAAGCCGGCACGCUCGCCUGGUUCGACAUCUCAGAGUCAGGACAGCAGUUGCACGUAGCUAUCGGUCGGCCAGAUGUCGAUUUCACGGAUGAGGCCCGGAAGGCGAGCAGACAUCCUUGUUUCCGGGUGGAGAGCGCGAAUAAGUUGAGGGAGCUGCAGGAGAGGAUCUGGGAGCAAUAUAAGCGGGGAGGAGAGGGGGCGCCGAUGAGUUGUGAUGAGCCGGGCAGUGUGGGGAGUGGCGCCCAGGGGGUUGAGUACCCGAAGAGAUUCUUUGCGAGGGACUUUGCGGGGAAUAGAUUGGAGUUCAGCCUUUGA